UCUUGGGUAAUUUGGUAUUGUUAAAAACAAGAAUAGUUUGUACUUGCUUCAGCUGUCCAACAUUAUUUUUAGGCCCGUGGAAGAAGUUUAGAAGUUGAAAUUGCUAGAGGCUAGUGUUGAAACAUGUAGGUUAGUGUCAUAAUAGGAGUAAUAAACAUAUUGUGCUUUACCGUUAUGUUGUAUUUUUCCAGUGGUGGAAAUUGUCAUUCUUGAGUAACAGUAAACAUACCUUAAUAGAAAAUGACUCAAGUAAAAGUGAGUCACCCAGUAAAAUACUACUUGAGUAAAAGUCUAAAAGUAUUUGGUUUUAAAUAUACUUAAUUAAGUAUCAAAAGUAAAAAAGCAUUUCACAUUCCUUAUAUUAAACAAAUCAGAUGGCACGAUUUUUAAAAUGUAUUUUAUUACGGAUAGCCAAGGGCAUGCUCCAACACUCAGACAUCAUUUAUAAACAAAGCAUAUGUGUUUACUGAGUCUGUCAGAUAAGAGGCAGUAGAGAUGACCAGGAUGUUCUCUUGAUGUGUGUGAAUUGUACCAUUGUCCUGUCCUGCUAAGCAUUUGGGUGUCAGGGAAAAUGUAUGGAGGAAAAAGUACAUUAUUUUCAUUGGGAAUGUAGUGAAGUAAAAGUAAAAGUUGUCGAAAAUAUAAAUAGUAAAGUACAAUACAAAUACCCUAAAAACGAGUUAACUAGUACUUUACAUUUUUUUUUACCUAAGUACUUUACACCACUGUAUUUUUUGAGAAGAUUACAUCAAAUAAUACAAUACAGUUAUUGUACAGGAGGCCUAGUUAUACUCAAAAAGUAUUUGAUGCUGUUAUUUUAGUCAAACAAAAACAUAAUAUAGAGUUCAAAAUUAUAAUCCUAUAUUUCUAUCAUAUUAGGAAUCACCAAAAAGGGGAAGUGGCAGAACACACUUCACAACAUCUUGUGUGAACUCCUUGAAGAUGAAUUCAAAAAACUGAAGCACUUUUUGACUGAAAUCCCCAGCGGAAAACUGGAACAUGCAAAACAACUGGAUGUAACAGAUAUGAUGAUAAAAGCCUUUGGAUUUAAUGAAUCAAUCACAAAAACACGAGACCUCAUGAAGAAGAUACCACGCAAUGACCCAGCUGUGCAAGACAUGCUGGAGCCCUUCCUGUCAGCAAUAGGAGAAGCAUGGUGAUUUAAACAUAAUUAAUUAAAUACACUACAUGCUCGUUGAACAUCUCAUUACAAAAUCAUGGGCAUUAAUAUGGAGUUGGUCCCCCCUUUGCUGCUUUAACAGCCUUUACUCUUCUGGGAAGGCUUGCCACUAGAUUUUGGAACAUUGCUGCAGGGACUUGCUUCCAUUCAGCCACGAGACCAAUAGUGAGGAUGUUGGGCACUAAUGUUGGGUGAUUAGGCCUGGCUCACAGUCGGCGUUGCAAUUCAUCCCAAAAGUGUUGAAGUUGAGGUCAAGGCUCUGCGCAGUUCAGUCAAGUUCUUCCACACCAAUCUCAACAAACCAUUUCUGUACGGACCUCGCUUUGUGUACGGGGGCAUUGUCCUGCUGAAACAGGAAAGGGCCUUCCCCAAACUGUUACCACGAUGUUGGAAGCACAGGAUUGUCUAGAAUGUCAUUGUAAGCUGUGGUGUUAAGAUUUCCCUUCACUGGAACUAAGGGGCCUAGCCUGAACCAUGAAAAACAGCUCUAGACAAUUAUUACUGCUCCACCAAACUUUACAGUUGGCACUAUGCAUUCGGGCAGGUAGCGUUCUCCUGGCAUCCGUCACACUCAGAUUUGUCUGUCAGACUGCCAGAUGAAGCAUGAUUCAUCACUUCAGAGAACUAAUUUCCACUGCUCCAGAGUCCAAUGUAGACAAGCUUUACACCACUCCAGCUGACGCUUGGCAUUGCACAUGGUGAUUUUAGGCUUGUGUGUGGCUGCUCUGCCAUGGAAACCCAUUUCAUUAAGCUCCUGACGAACAGUUCUUGUGCUGACGUUGCUUCCAGAGGCAGUUUUGAACUCAUAGUGAGUAUUGCAACUGAGGACAGAUGAUUUUUACACACUACGUGCUUCAACAGUUGGCGAUCCAGUUCUGUGAGGUUGUGUGGGCUACCACUUUGCAGCUGAGCUGUUGUUGCUCCUAAACAUUUCCACUUUACAAUAACAGCACUUAGAGUUGACCUCUAGAAGACCAGAAAUUUGAUGAACUGACUUCUUGGAAAUGUGUCAUCCUAUGUCGGUGCCACGUUGAAAGUCACUGAGCUCUUCAGUACAGGCCAUUCUACUGCCAAUGUUUGUCUAUGGAGAUUGCAUGGUGGUGUGCUCGAUUUUAUACACUUGUCAGCAACAGGUGUGGCUGAAAUAGCCAAAUCCACUAAUUUGAGGGGAUGUCCACAGACUUUGUAGUGUAUGUGCUACUCACUUCAGACUCAGUUCAUUAUUGGCAACAGUCAAUGUCAUGGAUCUUUGUCAUCUUUUCGGUUAGAUUUGUUUAUAGUCAUAUAUGUAAAUGAACCCUUUUCUUGUUAAUAUUGUAACUAUAAGCAAUAUCAGUUUCCUUUUCCGUAUUAAAUUUUGAUAUUGCCCUAUUAGCCAUUUGAUAGUUUUCUAAACACAAAGAUGUGUCACUGCUUGUGUAUAAGUGUUCCGGAAUAACAGGCCAGAGACAAAAAAGAAAAUUAGACAAAAAAGAAAAAAAGAAAACAAGUCAAAAUGUUAUGGAUGACUUUGAUUUAAGAUAAGAAACUCAAGCAACUGUUCAGAGACAAUGGUACAAUACAAUGGUGCCAGGGUUGCCACAGUGGAUUGAGGAGAGAUGAGGAAAAUGAACUCUGACAAAGACAUGGAGAAGAUCAAUUUUCAGAUAAGGAUCAACUCUGGUGGAGGUCGCUUCAGGGAUAAAGACGGGGUGCCUCCAGGGGUCACUGCUGAGGGAGAGGGAGCUGGAAGAGGUGUACACCCGCGUGGCAUGGUGCAUCCUGGGAAGGUGGGGAGACAAGGAGAGGCUCCCAAGGAGACCAUUGACAGGUUGGAUGGACAGAGAGGCUGGUGAGCCGUGGUUGUGAGGAGGAUGGAGGCGACUACCACUGCUCAGGGUUCGAAACACAUCAUCAAGCUGAAACACCCGGAGAACCUUGUCGACUACACAGAGUAUCAGAGAGUGAAUGAGGGCUUCAGGAAGACUGCCAUGUGCUUAAGUUUGACAUAAAGAUCCCGGUUGCCAUUGUCAACUGUAGUUGCAGUGUUUCCUGUGGAUCCAGUGGAUUUUAAACAAAAAUCUUACAUAACAUGCAGUAUGGGAGCCAAACACAGUAAAACAUGUACAGACACUGAUGAGGAUCCAUUAAUUACAAAUGAAGAGUUAGAUGAAGAGGAGGUCCUGUUUAAUCGUUUGGAUUUUGUGCUUAUUGGAGGUAAGGGUGCUGGAAAGAGUACCGUAGGAAACAUAAUCCUUGACAAGAAGUCCUCUUUCUGGAUAUUCAGUAAUAAACAACGUGUGAAGAAAAUAAAUCAGAAAAUAACUGUGAUCCGCACUCCAGACUGGAGUCAGUCUGGACUCUAUAACAGUCGAAAGAAGAUAAAGCGGCAGAUCCAAGACUCUGUUAAGUCAUUUAAAGACGGACCUAAUGCUGUCCUCUUGGUCAUUGAAUCCACCUCUAAAGAGUCUAGUUUUAAUGUGUGUGAGCAGAAUAUACUGGAAGAUCUGCUUACCAAGAAAGUAUGGGAUCAUACUGUGGUGUUGUUCACAAAAGGGGAAAAACUGGCUGAAUUUGACCUCAGUGAGCAGAAAAUCCAAAAUACAUUUGAACAUUUGAUAAGAAAAUGUGGAAACCGGUGUCAUGUUCUCUAUGAGAACAAGCCACGCAAGCAACAGAACAGGGAGGUGAUCAAGACAUUAGAGGACAUGUCUCUUAAAAACAAAUAUGAGAAUUUCUACGUGGAGCAAGAAGCCACCGAUCCUGUAAGGAUAUCAACCAAGAGGUUGAUGAAGAAGAUCGCUCUGAAAGGAAACAUUUUGAACAAAAUUAGAAAACUUUAUUCACGUCUUUCAAUUGAAAACGGCAGAUCCAACGAGUCCCUUCAGAAUGAAAUCAAAAAACUGCAAGAGAUCCUUAAACAGAAGGAUGAGGAUAUAACAAGACUACAGUCUUAUCUUAAUCAGCAUUCAGAGACAGACUUUCUCAGUCUGUCAAAUAUAGACAGUCAGACACAGACAGACUUUCUUAGUCCGUCAAAUAAAGACAGACAGACACAGACAGACUGUCCAGGACUCCCCGAAGAAAACCAACAGAAACAUCCCUUGAUGGGAGAAGAUAGCAAUGAGGACACAAAAGUGGAGAGAAAAUACUGGAUGAAUGAGGUGAGGGAGAGGGAUAUAGAGAUAGAACAGUUAAAGACUAAGUUGGGAAAGCAAGCCAGCUAUGGUACCAUUGCAAAACCAGUGAACAUGAAUGGGAGACAGGACACAAAUGGUAAAUUCUUCAAGAAACACAAGUUGGCGUUGGAGGACCGUAUGGGAUUGUUGCGGCCCAUACUUCGGCUUCUCCAGGAGCGAGGGGUUCUGAAUGACGAGGAGAGGCAGGAGGUGGACAACAAAACAAACAAGACACUGAAGAACCAGGCCCUGCUGGAAAUGGUUUUGUUGAAGGGACCUGGUGCCCAAGAGCAGUUCUACCAGGUACUGAAAGAAGUAGACCCUUUCCUGGUAAAUUACCUGGAAGAGAAGACAAGUUGACAAGAGCAGGCUGGUGUGUAGUUAAGGAUUCCGACCCCAACCAGAAUAGGAGACCACUCUCCAGUUAUGUUUGACAUUAUCUGUGCUGCCUACCAGAUUAGGAACCUGUCGAUUUCUAAUCACUGGGAUUUACUGGGAUUUACGUGCAUUCAUUUUACUGGGAAUUACAUGCAUUCAGAGGGGUAAAGCGUUUUUCAAAAUAUACUGUUCAGAAAGGACAAUAUUCUUCACAUUACAUCACAAGUUAAUGAAUUCUUAGCCUACUCCAUGUAAAAUGUAUCUUUUAACUGUCUUGAAUAGGCCCCCAGGUCUCAGGAAAGGUGAUGUGACCAUGUAAGGCUAACAUUUAACAGCCUCUACUACACAGGUGUACUAACUGCACACAACAAGCUCAGGUAAAAGUAAAUACGCUGAUCAGGAAAGUCUGUGGUUGAAGCUUGACACCCCCUGGUGUCAUAGUGGAGGAUGGAAAUUGUUGGGCUUUGAAAAUGAUACUUUACACUGUAUCAUCUUGUGAGCCUCAAUCCAAAUCACUGCAUGUUAUAGUUCUGUCACUUCAUUUUGUAUUUUAUUUUAUCAUGUAUUUUCCUACCAUAGCCUAUUCUGCUGUGUGAAACUAAAUGAUUUCUCAGUGUUCAAUAUAUCAUUAUACAGUAUAUAUUGAACCGUUUAGGUAUGCCAUUUAAAAAACAAACAAUUACAGUAAAUGUUGGUCAGUUUUGUCACUUUUAUAUUUUGUUAUAUUAUGUAUUUCCUUCCAUAGCCUAUUCUGCUGUUUGACACUGAAUUACUUUUUGUGUGAUUAAUAAAGCAUUAUAUAUUUACUUAAUUAACCAUUCAGGUAUGCAAAAAUGAUUUUCAAUCAUUUUGGACUGAACAUUUUGGUCAGGGAUUAUGGGUCAUGAACCCAUUUUGAAUACAUGGGUUGGGGUCAUUCUGAAUUGAAGCAGAGAGGAAGAAGAGAAGCGAGAGGCUCCCCUCCCAUUAAAAUCUAUUCACGCAAGAAUACAGCAAUAAGUAGACCAAGUAGGGAUUUUUUGAAUAUAGGUCUAUGAGAGUGUCGGAUUUGGUCAUCAGAAAAUGGGAUUGCUAAUUUGCUAAGGGAGUCUUAUUUGAUGUAAUUGAAGUUUCAUAAUGGUUAGGUUUUUAGAAUGUAUUGAUAUAAGUGAACGUACGUGGCAUCUGGGCAACUUUAAGAAAACCGGAUUUAUAUCAGAGUUGAGUCUGCUGUUCACACGCAUAUCUGCCCUAUCAUUGGCUAUAAUGUUUCCACCUGAUCACUCUUCCUCCUGCCUGCCUUUCCACUGUUGCGACAACAAGAAAUCCCAUUAAGACCAUCUCGUCAUUAGCAGUCAAUUCAGGAUGUGAUUUGAAUUUCAAAUAAAAUGGAACAACUUUUGAAAUAAAUAACCUCUACUUUUCAGUUUCUUGAGAAGUCAUUAAAAAUAGAUACCCUUUUUUCAAUAUUGAAUUGGAUUUUCAGUUUACUUCCUGAAUUGACUGCCUUCAAUUCAAAUCGACCCCAACCCAGCUGAAUUCAGCCUUCGUCUCUCUCUUUGUGUUUGUCAAAGUGUUCCUUCUGUCUGAUUACCCUCCUUGGCUCCCUAAGCAGUAGUAAGUUCAGUAUGCAUGUAAGUUCAAUACCUAAACAGGCCACUAGAUAUCAGAAAAUUGGAAUGAGGAUCAGAUUUCACCAGGACCAUCUAAGAGGAAAAAGUGUGUUUCCCUGCACACAGACACACGUGGUGUGUUCCAGUCUGAUCACGGCAGGCUCGUCCCUGAUGUGGAUGGAGCAUUUCAAUCUCGUAGGGUGGGGGCCCUCUCUGAUUCAGCAGGGUUGGGUUAAAUGCUUUCCCCACACUUUUUCCCCAUUCUGAUUGUGUCCAUUUUUAUACAGGUGUAGAAGAUUAAAUGACCCAUUGUGAUCACAUCUUUCUGUAAUCAGGAACGCAUUGUGUCUGGAUAUCUCUCAAGUGUAGAACGAUUUGGACAGCGAAACCAUUUAAAUCAUAAUUACCAGCCUUCUAAAAAUCAUUGACAGGUGGCCCCACUGACUUAUGGCAUCAAUAUGUCUUAACCAGACACUGGUUUUGAAGUUUGCAGCCGGGGCUACCUCAUCACGUGACCAUUAGCGCCAGCUAUAAACGAGGCUUCAGACAGGUGUAAGGACAGGCCCAGCUCACUGUCAAGCCUUGAGCAACACAGGAGACAGAACAUCUACAGCCCAGUUCAAACCAAGCUGGCAACAGUUUAGAGAUCGGGCUUGUUUUGUUGUUUUUGUUAUUAUACAUGGAUCAUGUAGCUUCACAAAAGAGUCAACAUUUUCUAAAUAUGAGUGUAGUUCAAUGUAACCAACAGUUUAUAGAAUGGGCUUGAACAUUAAUGCAUGGUUCAAUAUAUAAUCAUGUUGCAUUACAAUAGAUUUACAUUUUUAACCACAAUAUGCAACUUUUAUCGAUGUUGAUGAAAGGUUAAAUGUCCUAUCUCUUUUGACUUCUAUGCAAGACAAAUACUUAAAUAGUUAACAAAACCAACAUAUACAGUAUAUACUUUUUUGUAAAUGUCUUGUGAAAUCAAAUAAUUUCUUAUUGCUUUAUCUUGUAUGCCUAUUUUGAUUUCUGUUCAUUAAAAUGGAUUGAUGCA